GCAGGAGUGGGGUAUUUAAAAUCCACUGCGCGCAGGACACACUUGAGUUGAAAAACAGAGUGGCAGAAGACUGAAAACUCAAGAGGAGUGCUUCAAAGAUGGCAUAUUACGAGCACAUCGUCUUUUAUGACGAUUCAUCAUCAUCUGACAACAGCUCUGAGUUCGGCUCAGGGGACAUUGGAGCCAACUUUGAGGUCCCAUGCGACGUGGAGGUCAGUCACGAAUUCCAGAGGAUCUUUCUUCCCACCGUGUAUGGGAUCAUAUUCGUUUUGGGCUUAAUCGGGAAUGGAUUGGUAGUUCUGGUGAUGGGCUGCCAGAGAAAAUCCAGAACCAUGACAGACAAGUAUCGUCUGCACCUUUCCGUAGCGGACCUCCUGUUCGUGCUCACCCUGCCCUUCUGGGCCGUGGACGCGGCCAAAGACUGGUACUUCGGUGGCUUCAUGUGCGUGGCCGUGCAUAUGAUCUACACGGUGAAUUUAUACAGCAGCGUCCUGAUCCUCGCCUUCAUCAGUCUGGACCGGUACCUCGCCGUGGUGCGCGCCACGAACAGCCAAGGACCCAGGAAACUUCUGGCCAAUCGCAUCGUCUAUGUGGGCGUGUGGCUCCCCGCGGCGCUCCUCACCGUCCCCGACCUGGUGUUCGCCAAGGCGGAGACCAGCUCAAUCCGCACCUUCUGCGAGCGCCUUUACCCGCAGGACUCCUUCGUGGCCUGGGUGGUCACGUUCCGCUUCCAGCACAUCUUGGUGGGCUUCGUGCUGCCCGGGCUCGUGAUUCUCAUCUGCUACUGCAUCAUCAUCUCCAAGCUGUCGCGCGGCUCCAAAGGCACGCAGAAGCGCAAGGCGCUCAAGACCACCGUGGUUCUCAUCGUGUGUUUUUUUGUCUGCUGGUUGCCUUAUUGCGGGGGGAUCCUGUUGGACACACUGAUGAUGCUGGAGGUGAUUCCUCACAGCUGUGAGCUGGAGCAGGGUCUGCAGAAGUGGAUCUUUGUGACGGAGGCGCUGGCGUACUUUCACUGCUGUCUCAACCCCAUCUUGUACGCCUUUCUCGGGGUGAAGUUCAAGAAGUCCGCCCGCAGUGCUCUCUCCCCAAGCCGGGGCUCCAGUCUGAAAAUUCUGCCAAAGAAGAGAGGAGGGAUGUCAUCCGUAUCCACGGAAUCCGAGUCCUCCAGCUUUAGUUAACACCAGCGCACGCACACCUUUCUUGGACGAUGCAAAAACUUCCAAAUAUGAUAUGAAAUUACCAGCUCGUGCAAACUUACAGAGAAUGUAGUAAACAGGCUGUGCCUACUUCAAACGUUGCUAGAAUGUCUGUCAUUUUGCUUUCAGUAUUUCUGUACAUUCUCUCUCCAUAGCAAGAAGAUAGAAAAUGUUUACUGUACAUACUGUAUCAUUGAUGUAAAUACUUUUUUACAGUUUUUUUUUUUUUUUUUUUUUGCACUUAUGUAGACCAUUGCUUUUAUUUAUUACAUGAUUAACCAGAUGUGGACAGAAUUGUUGUCUGUUUGGGUGCAUUCCAGUUCAAAA